GCAGCCAGCAGCGACUACACCUCGGAGACAGCAGCGUCUGCACGGCACCGUUAUAUUCUCCGUUACACCGGCGGCACAGGGGACCUCUUAACGACUUGAAGCAUGUUUCUCAGAUAUCUGCCUGUCGUGUUUCUGCUGGCAGUUGCCGUCAAAGGAAUAACAGCAAACAACACAAACAGCAGUGCUACAACUUUACCACCAUCCAAUACUACAACCACAGAAAACAGCACUGUUACUGAGUCUACAUCAGCUCCACACACUGAUACAACACUGCCCAGCAACACUAAUGAGACUACAAAUACAACCACAACACCUGCUCCAGCAGCCAGCAAUGAAACAACAAGUACAACUACUACUCCACCAACCAUAAUCAACAACACAACUACAAUUCCACCACCCACAAGCAACAACGCAACUACAAUUCCACCAACCAUGAGCAAUGGCACGACUACAACUCCACCAACCACAAGCAACAAUGUGACUACAACUUCACCAACCACAAGCAACAACAUGACUACAACUCCACCAAACAAAAGCAACAAUGCAACUACAAUUCCACCAACCACGAGCAAUGGCACGACUACAACUCCACCAACCACAAGAAACAAUGUGACUACAACUUCACCAACUACAAGCAACAACAUGACUACAACUCCACCAAACAAAAGCAACAACGCAACUACAAUUCCACUACCCACAAGCAACAAUGCAACUACAACUCCACCAGCCACAAGCAACAACGCAACUACAACUCCACCAACUCCGAGCAAUGGCACAACUACAACUCCACCAACCACAAGCAACAACGUGACUACAACUCCACCAACCACAAGAAACAACGUGACAACAACUCCACCAACCACAAGCAACAACAUGACAACAACUCCACCAACCACAAGCAACAAUGCAACUACAACUCCACCAACCACAAGCAACAAUGCAACUACAACUCCACCAACCACGAGCAAUGGCACGAUUACAACUCCACCAACCACAAGCAACAACAUGACUACAACUCCACCAACCACAAGCAACAAUGUGACUACAACUCCACCAACCACAAGUAACAACAGGACUACAACUCCACCAACCACAAGCAACGACACAACUACAACUUCAACAACAACAAGCAGUAGCACUGUAUCCCCCACUGGAAAUACCACUACCCCUAACCCCUCAACAACAACCUCGGGAGUGACCAGCAGGCAUACUACAGCUACCUCCACUAGUGGCAAUACAACAGCCUCAUCCACCACCAUCACUGUCACCACCAUGCGACCAACAGACAUCACGACCACCAACUUCACCACAGCAGCGCCAGUCAUAGUGUGUCCUACCAUCCCGUGCCCACUUGAAAGCGUGUGUCUUAAUGGAACUUGCCAGUGUCUCUCUGGUAGCUUCCUGCUGAACGGAAGGUGUGAACCAGCCCAAGUGUUCCCAGGCCAGCUACAUAUCAAUUCCUUGCAAUUUCAAAACGGAAUGAGCAACAGGUCCUCCGCAAUAUUCCAGCAAACAGCAGCUGACAUCUCAGCAGCGCUCGAAAAUAUCCUCAAAGAUCAGCCUGGGUAUAUACGGUCUGAAGUUUUGCAACUUGAACGGGGAAGUGUGCUAGCCACUGUGAACAACAUUUUUAGAGACACCAACGCAACCCAAUUCUCUGUUGAUCAGUCCAUUAAAGACGCUAUAACCAACUCAAAUAAUUCAAUACUGUCUGAUGCUACAUUUACAGGUACAAGCGUGUGUACGACGAGGCCGUUGGCUUGUGAUGACUCCACUACGAUAUGCACAGCUACGGAUGGCCGGGCUUUUUGUACCUGUAAAGAAGGCUACAUCUCUAUCGUGUACUCCAACAGUAGCUGCAGAGCGUGUCCAAGUGGGCAGAUGGCAGUGGCAGAUAGGUGUCAACCAUGCGCAUUUGGAUACAGUGGCUUCAACUGCAAUGAUUCGGCUCUGCUGGCAGUGGUGGUCAUCUCCUGCGUACUGGGAGGAAUCCUUCUCAUCCUGGUCCUGUCUUUGCUCAUAUUCUGUUGCUGGAGGAGUUGCUCAGAGAGCAAGCCAAACCACAGCAGAAGUCCAUACUCCUCAGGUGGAGUCGACCAGCCCUGGACCACUGGCAUCACUCCCAUCCCCCGUGCUUCCACUAACUGGGACGCGUCUCCUCCCAUAGAGAUGACAGAGGGAGGCAGCACUCAUGUUCUGGUAGACAAAAAGCAAACCAACGGAUCGGGUUUUCAUCCGAAGCAGAAAGGAUGGGGAAAGACGGGCUCAUACGAUCUCAACCCAGAAGGAAUGGGAACCUUCAAAGGUAAAACUCCAUCCCGUUACUCCUAUCUGGUACAAGGACAUGAGAACCCCUAUUUCUUACCACAAGACAACAAGAAAAACUGAAAAACAUCAGGCCAGCUUUGGACGCAGGAAUGAGGAACAUGGGAUCAAAAAGAAGUCACUGAUUUGACGAUCCAGGACUACAGGCACAUUUCCUCAGCAGGUUAUUUAAACAUGUUUGAACUUUAUCAUCAAUCACAAAUGAAAACAGCAACCAAAGAGUUUCAUUCAUAUGAGCAAAAAAAACAUUUGAACAAGUUGUUGUGAGCAUCAUGAAAAAGCUAACUGGUUCUGAUUAUAACCAGUAGAUGUCGUCGUUGCUCAGUAUAUUUCUCCUACUGUUUUCCCAUUGACUUUUUUAUGCUGCAGAAAUCAUCCCGUAGUCUUAAAUUUAAGCUUCUUACAUUGCUAAUUGCACUAAAGUUUGUGUCAAGUUUACCACCAAUUUUCCUCUUAAAUCAAAAGUAUAUAAUGAAUGUGGGCUUUCGGGGGCUACCAGAUAUUUUUUCGAAUGUGAUUAUUUUUUAGAGAUAUAAGUCUUGUAUGACUAAAGGGGCUGGAUCCCUGGUUCUGGGUAUUUUUCAAGGGAUUUAUAUUGUAGCUAAGUACUUUCUAUUUGUCAAAGCUGCACUUGCAAAAAGUGCCUGUUUUAAUGGCCAGUUUGAUAGGAAACAUGCAACGCUGGUGAUAGAGCCUGUCUCCUGGAUGUGCCAAUUAUCACUUGUAUACAUUUCUUUAUAUAUAUAUAUACAUAUUUAUCCUUGUGUGUCUGAGACAGUGCACUAUUUUAUAAGUGUGUAAAUGUUUUGUAAAUAAUUGAAGAUUGGCACAGAAUGUGUGUGUUUGUAUG